AUGUGAAUUACAAAUGUAAUGUAUACUGUACGUGGGCGUACGAUACGUAUUAGAAUCUUAUUAAUAUAUUUUUUUAUUAUAGAAUAGAUUAUAUGGAAUAAAUAUGAACUAGCGUAAAAAGCCGAACAUGCAAUAACUUUAACACCGCGUUCUAGAAGAGUGAAAAUAAUUACUCAUACAAUUAUGGAAGAUUCUACAGAAGCACAAAAGUGGCAGCAGCAUUUAUCUUUAUUACGAGAGCAAUAUAUUAAUUUAUGCAACACAAACACAGAACUUCAACGUGAAUAUGCUAUUGUUACUGCAAAUAAACAAAAUACUGGAUUUAUUGGAAGACUCUUAACAACUAUUGCAUCAUUAUACAAUCAACAUCGAUAUAGUGAUGUAAUUAUUAAAUUAAUAGACCGGGAAAUACCAGCACAUAAAUUUGUAUUAUCUGCUAGAACAGACUUUUUUGGUGAUUCGAUGCUUGCAGAAGUAACUAUUUUAGAUUGGACUUAUUUAGAUCCUAAUAUUGGAUUAGUGUUAUUAAAAUGGAUAUAUACAGGAAAGGUGUCACAAGACAAUUUAACAUUAGAUUUAAUGAAAGCAGCAUCUAAUUUUCAACUAUCAGAAUUAGUUGAACAGUGUGAGAAAUAUUUAAUUGGAAUUGUAGGACUCAAGGAUUGUGUGCAAUUGUAUGCUGCUGCAGAAGAACUAAGUGCUCAGAAAUUAAAAGAACAUUGCAGUUCUUUAAUUUCAGCACAUUGGGAAGAUUUAACAGGAGAAGAUUUUAAAGAAAUGCCUGGCUCUUUAUUAUACAAACUAUUACAGACUAAAAGUAAAUAUCCAUUACAUGCUGCUAUUCGACUGAUGAGGGAGGAUGUGGUUUUUUUAUAUUUAGUGGAAAAUGAUUCAGGGUUAACAAAAGCUGUUAAUGCUCUGGAUAAUAAAGGGGAAAUGCCUUUAGAAGUUGCUUUAAAAACACGCCAACCAUCUCUAGCACGCACUUUAGUUAAGCAUGGUGCUGACUUAAGUGCAAAAGAUUUAAGAGGACUUUCUUUGCUUCAAGCUGCUAUUUUUAAAGGAGAUUCUUAUGCAGCUGAAUUUAUAAUAGAACAACUGGAAAGUAAUAGAAAUAUACAGCAGUUAUGUAAAGCUGUGAAGCUUAAUGGAAAUAUGCGGGAUAUAAAAAAUGCCGAGGAACUCGAAGGAUGUACUGCGUUACAUUUAGUAACGAGACAUAAUACAGAAAAUAUGUUGACUGUCGCAUCUCGGUUACUUCAAGCUGGUAUCGACCCCAAUUUACAAAAUUAUAGAGGAUGGACUGCAUUGCAUAACUGUAUUCAAGAAAGAAAUGAACCACUUUUUGAUAUCUUAUUAGAAUGUCAAAGUAUAGACUUGGAUAAAACUACUAUUGAAGAUGACACUCCAUUAUCUAUUGCAAUGAGAACAAACCCAUUCAAUGAAUUUUUUGCUAAAAAGCUUUUAACUAAAGGUGCAAUUCCAAAUCCUGUAUAUAAAAGUACAGAGGACACUUUACUACAUGUUUUAAUAAAAGAAAAUAAAGAAGAAGCAGCAUUAUUUUUAAUUGAUUACUGUAAGGAAAACUUGAUGCAAAAGAAUAAUGAAGGAUAUUCAGUUUUACACGAAGCUUGUAAAGUCGGUUCGAAAAAUUUAACGAGAGCUCUAUUAAAAACCGGUUUCCCAGUCGAUGAAGUUGCAUUAUCUACUGGCGACGCACCAAUACAUAUUGCCGUUGCGAAUUUAAAUUUUGAUAUCGUGGUAGAAUUAUUAAAUGCACCAAAUUCGAAUUCUCAAUUGAAUUUAAAAAAUAAUGAGAAUGAAACACCUUUGAGUUUAGCUAUUAAAGCUCCAUUUAAAAAGGGGAAAGAUAUUAUUCUGGCUUUAAUAAAAGCUGGGGCAAAUAUUAAUCAGUCCAAUAACAGUGGUUUAACAUUGUUGCAUCAAGCAAUAUUAAAAGAAAAUUCAGCAACAGCAAUCUUUUUAUUAGAAAAUGGUGCGGAUAUGAAUACUAGGACUGGACAUGGAGAUACUCCACUACAACUUUCUGUGCACUGUAGACUAGGCGAGGUUGUAGAAGCUCUUUGUAAAAGAGGUGUGGACACUUCUAUAGGAUGUCCAUUAUGGGAUGCACUGGAUUCUGAUCAAGAAGAUGUAGCAUCUAUUUUAGUUAAAUAUGGAGCAGACACUGAUUGUUGGAGUCCUGGUCCAGAUGAUUGCCAACAAACAUUGCUACAUAGAACAAUUGAUCACAAUAAGGAAGAAAUUGCACAAUUUCUUAUAAGAAGUGGCUGUGAUUUAAAUGCACCUAAAAGACUUGGUCCAAAUGGUGCUGGUGGUGAUGAAGCAAGAGAUGAAUGUACUCCAUUGCAUUUAUGUUGUCAGUGGGGUUUGGAACAAGUUGUACAAACACUUAUUGAACAUGGUGCUGACGUGAAUGCUAAAGAUGUUGAGGGAAAAACUCCAGUUCAUGUAGCCAUACAAAACCAACAUUCACAAAUUAUUUCUUUGUUACUCUGUCAUCCUAAUAUAGAUUUAAAUAUAAGGGAUAAAAAGGGUUUAACACCGUUUGCUACAGCUUUAACAUUUCGAAACAAUAAAGCUGCUCAGGCAAUAUUGGAACGACUACCGAAAGCUGCAGAACAAUAUGACAAUAAAGGCAGAAACUUUUUACAUACUGCUAUUCAAAAGAAUGACAUGGAAAGCAUAUUAUUUUUACUGUCAAUACAGGUAAAUGUAAAUUCUAGAGUUCAUGAUGUUACACAAACCCCACCUUUACAUCUUGCUGUAGUUUCUGGAAAUGAAAUGUUGGUAAGAAGUUUAAUAUUGGCUGGUGCACGUGUUAAUGAUACAGAUGCAAACAGAAAUACUGCAUUACAUGCCACUGCAAAAGCAGGUCAUGCAGCAAUUAUAACUGCUUUAUUGCAGAACAAUAUUGAUUUUGAUGCAGUAAAUGCAGAUGGUGACAAUGCAUUACAUGUAGCUGUAAGAGGAGGUCAUGUAUCAGUGGUGAGAACACUUUUGACAGAAUGUACAUUAGAUGCAGAAGCUGUAAAUCUUAAAGGAAGAAAUCCUUUGCAUGAAUUAGCUAGGCACGGAAAAGAUAAUGCUGCAACUAUAUGUGACCUUUUUUUGGAAUGUAUGUCACAAUAUCCAGUGAAUAAAGCAGAUUUGGAUGGCAAUACUCCAUUACUGAUAGCUUAUAUGAAAGGAAAUGGUCAGCUAUGUCGCACUUUGGUAAAGGCUGGUGCAUGUUUAGGUUCUAUGAAUAAAGAAGGUAUCACAAUUUUCAAUUACCAAGUAGCAACAAAACAAUUAUUAUAUAGACUACUAGAUUCUUUAACACAAGAAGCACCAUGGGCUGAUAAAGACCUUUGUCUGGAAUGUGGUACAAAAUUUUCUCUCACAAUGCGAAAACAUCACUGCCGUCAUUGUGGUCGAAUUUUAUGCAAUAAAUGUUCCGAUCAAGAUGUUCCAAUCGUAAAAUUUGGAUUAAAUAAACCUGUACGUGUUUGUGCAGUAUGUUUUGAUGUGUUGCAACUAGGUAUUGAAUCCAAAAAUACUUAAAUAAAAAAGUAUAUAUUCAUAUGUAAAUAAAAUAAG